CUGUGUGCCGCCGUCGCCAGUCGCAUUGCCGCGUCCGACUCGUAAGGUCUGUUGUUCCGUUACCGUUCGUCGAUUGAGCGCGUGCGCGUUCGUUUUUUUUUUCUGCUCUUCGUAUAAAUCACAACGCGAACGCGAUACAUAUUCAUACGGAACGCGUGACGUAAAACUUCGACGACGGUUUUAUUCGUUUACUUUUUUUUAUUCACACGUUCGUUUUCCCGAGUCGACAACCGCGUCGUUAAAUUUGGUUUUCGUAAUUCCGCGAACUCCUUCCUCCGGUUCUCCUCCUCUCAUUAAUCGUUUCGCGAGACCAAAAGGUCCGUCGACUACUACUACCACUACCACUACUGCUACCACCUAACUCGUUAAUAAUAGUAGUAAUCAUUCUUAUCGUGUCUCAUUCGAUUCGCCGCCGCCGCCGCACGACAUCUCGUCGAUCAACACAACGCUCGUUGCGACUUCCGAGACCUUGCCGCGUGUGCGCGCAAUACUGUUAUCAUUAUUUUUGUUGUUGUUGUUGUAAUCAUCGUUGAGCCUAAUAUUACUCGGUGGUGCGUGUUCAUCGGUCGAGAUCGUGGAAAAAAAAACAAAAUAUGACCACCGCGUAAUCGUUUCGACAAUCGGUCGGGGCCCCGUAUCGUAGUCGCGCCGCGUUAUCUCCAUCUUGGCUCGCGCGCGAGCGUCAAGUAAAUAUUGAAAAACGCGUCGCGUCGUUUAUCGCUGCCGCUGCUACCAUCGCCACCACGGUUGUCGUUGCCGCUGCCGACAACAUUUGAUAACGACCAGCAGUUGCGUAUGAGAUGCUCGUCGCCAACGAUUAGUCGAAGGAAAACCGCAGCCGCCAUGUCCAGAAGGAAACAGAGCAACCCGAAGCCGCUGAAACCCGGUGAGGACAGCGAAUGGACGACCAACGAGGAUGCGGUCGAUGACCACACGCCGACGACGUGUGACGUGAAAACGGAACAGCAGCAGGAGCAACAACAGCAGUCGUCGUCGUCGUCGUCGCCGCCGACGUCGCGGCCAACCACCGCAGAACCGGAAGACCCUCCGGCCGACCCGCCACCGAAACUUAGGCUCAACCCGAAUUUGGCCACCGAUCCCGCCAGAUGGUCGCCGGCCGACGAGCCGUCGCCACAACCGCCGCCGCCGCCGCCGCUGCUGCUCCCGCCACCGUCCACAUCGACAUCGACGGCCACCGCCGCCGUCGCCGCCCCAUCGUCUUCGUCAUCGUCCACGUCUUCGUCUUCGUCCUCGUCGUCGUCGUCGGCCGCCGAGCCCAGUCACAACGUGGUCACCAUCACCACACCCAGAGCGAUUCAAAUAUUCAUCUGUAACCCAUGCGGAAUACGAUUCAGUUCGUUGAGCACGUUGGACGCCCAUCAGACGUACUAUUGUUCGCGCAGACAUAAAAAAGACUCAGAAUCGGACGACGUCAAGUUGCCGCCACUGGUCAUCGACUCGGACGAAAUGGUUUUGGGCAACGACACGGAUAGCCGCCCGUCUUCCGUCGAACCGUCAGCCAAGUCGGUGAGAACGGGAAAACAGUACAAAUGUCCUCAUUGUUCAUACAGCGCCGACAAGAAAGUCAGCUUAAACAGGCAUAUGCGAAUGCAUUCUAUAUCACCGGUGUCCAUGCAAUCGCCACCAUGCUCGUCGGACGCAGCCGAUCCAUCGGUGGUCGACCGCUACUGUCAGAACUGCGAUAUCCGAUUCUCCAACCUGCGCACGUAUCAGGCCCACAAGACACAUUACUGCAACACGCGGCACGUGGUAAAACCGACCCCGUCCAGUUCGCCGAUGCCCAACAACCCAUCGCCCACCAACGUGCCCACUUACUUGGCACUGCCCACCAAUCCUGUCAUCGUAGUUCCUUAUACACUCGUGCAAAAUGCUAGCGUUCUAUCAGCCCUGUCUACCGACAUAGGCCCGCCUCCGCCAACCGAUACCGCGUGCAUCGUUCUAUCGGACGGCACGCUGCAGCCGAUCGCCCAAGCUUUGGUGCCCACCAAAUUCAACAUUAUCGCCAACAACGAGAACAACAUACAGAGAGAUAAUUCGCAGUCGCCGCCCGAGGAAUUCUUUUCGACGCCCAACAAGUCGGAGGUGAUCAAUCAACCGGAGAUCAAGAGACCGGCAGCGCAGCCAUCGUCACCGCUGGACCUGCGGCUGAAACGCGUGUCGGUCAAGUCGUCCUCGCAGCAGGACAUCGGCGGUGGCACGGACGGUGAGGAGGAAAAGGAAAACCGUCGGUGUAGCGACGGCAACAUCACGGACGUGGAAGACAUCGUAUGCCUGCCGUCCAUCCCGUACAUGAUCCCAUCGCCGUCGUCUUCGCCGCCGGCACGGAACAGGACGCCCCAACCACACCACCACCACCAGCACCACCAUCAGCGGCCGCCGGGCAGUGGCGUCCAACCGGCCGGUCUUUGUAACGGGGUAGCACCGCCGCCGCAGAAGUCGCAAACGCCGCCGGACGCCGAGAGGAACGGCAAAUUCAGUAUGUCCAGCCUGCUUCACGUGAAACAGGAACCGCUGCCGCCGCCGCCGACCGUCAUCUCCCGCUACGGUGGUGGCCAUCAGUCGCUGUCGGCCGCGGUGCACCACAACAAGCCGUUCGGGCGCGUUGCGUCGUCCCAACCACCGGCCGGCGGCGUCGUUACAAGCGACGUGCUCGGGCCCCCACCGGCGGCCGCGUUUCCGUACUUCACGUCCGAUAUGACGUUGCGCCUGGCCGCAGCAGCAGCGGCUGCCGCCGCGGCCGCGGCCGCCUCAAACCCGACGGUGCCCGCGGCCGACGGGCUGGCGCCUGCGCACCAGUUCUACCUAAAACAGGGCCCGUCCAAGUGCGAGAGCUGCAACAUCGUGUUCUGCAAGUACGAGAACUUCUUGGCGCACAAGAAACACUACUGCGCGUCCCGUCCGACGCCGCCACCACCACCGCCGCCGCAGCACCAGCAGCAGCUCGGGGACGCGGACGACGCGGCGGACAAAACCAGUCCGGAAGGCUCGCCCGGGCCCAAACCGUUGAACGUCUCCUCGCCACUAUCGUCCAAGGACAGCGUGAGCCCCACACCGGUUCAGCUCAAGCAACCCAUGAUCCAGUUCAUAUGCUCCACGUGCGGCGUCAAGUUCUCGUCCUUCGACAAUCUCACCACGCACCAGACGCACUACUGCCCGAACCGUGCAAUCACGGCCGUCGCGGUCGGUGGCCAGCAAGAUCCGGCCGCGCUCCAGCAUCUCCAGCUCGACAAGUCGCUGUUGUCCAAGUGUCCGAAGUGCAAAAUGAUCGUCGAGGGCAGUCUCCACCAUCACCAUCAGCACCAGUGCCAGGCGACUAACUGCUGGAAGUGUCCGGUGUGCGGAGCCGUCUGUUCGAGCGCGUCGGCCGCCCAAAAGCAUCUGGACAACCACAACGGCAUCAGGGCCUUCGUGUGCACUAUUUGUCAGUACAAGGGAAACACCCUGCGAGGCCUGAGAACGCAUAUUCGCAUGCAUUUCAAUAAACGAUUGAUCCCGGAUCUCAUGGAAGAAGACUAUGUGUCGUGUUUGAUCGACGAGAACUCGGCGGCGUCGUCGACGUCCGUGUCGGCGGCGGUGGCGGACGCGGGAGCCGCGAAAACGCCCACCGUCGCCGCAGAUGUGGACUGCAAACCACCGGUGGCGAUGGCCACGGCAGCCUCGGCCACGGUGGUGGUGUUGGACGAGGACGAGCCGGCCGCCAAGGAGUCGGUGAUCGUUAAGCAGGAGUCGCAGCAGCCGUCGAACGGCACGGUCACUCCCGGUGGAGCAGCGGAACCACACGAGUCUGCGGCCGGUGCGUACCAUCUACAGCAGUCGCAGGACACGGUUGCAGCCGCAGGCGCACAGGACAAUGACCUGCAGCCAACAAUGAUCAAACGCGGUGCGAUGACCACCAAGUACUGCAAGACGUGCGAUAUUUCGUUCAACUACCUGUCCACGUUCAUCGCGCACAAGAAGUACUACUGCCGGAACAGCACCGAGUACAAGUGCAACGCGGAAAACGCCAAGACGGCCACCGUCACCUAGUGGCCGCUGCGCUUACUACGCGCCUAAGUGACCACCCUAUAUUUAAAUAUACAUGUAUAUUUGUGUUUCAUUAAAACUGCACGAUAAUGACGACAAAAAUGGUUCGAUUACGUAAUAAAUAAUAAUAAAAAAAUUAUUAAAAAUGUUUUAGUCGGGAAAAAAGUGACAUUGUUACAAUACAAAUUAUGCGAAUCGACUUAAUUUUAACAUUUUAUUCGUACAUCUAACCUUUUAUUAUUAUUAUC